AUGAAGUUUACCCAACGAUUGACUAUUCUUCUCAUCAUUCUCUCAGUCUUUGCAACAUUUUCCUAUGCCCAGAAGACUCAAAUAAAACCAAUUUCUAAUGAAUUUACAAAUUUUUAUAAACCAUCACCUACUAGGUCACAGCAGGCUCCUCAAUCGACAAUAUUACCACCAUUGUCAAGUGGAUCGGAAACACCGACAAGUCCAACAGAUGCAGCAGCUCCAACACCAACAUCGCAAAUAAAUACUUCUGGUGCCUCCUCUACUCAUAAGCAAACCGGAUUUGUUAUUAUUCUUGCUAGUUUCGUUGGCGCUUUACUAUUUUUCUAA